AUGGCAGCAACGCACAUCCCCAUGCGGGCAUCCACCCCACCGCCCGCAGUCUCAAAGACGACCAUCCAUAUGGCGGGCCUCCUUUGCGACGUCUACGGGCUCGAGGAGCUCGUCGCGCGCAAGCCGCCCUCGGCCGUCUCGUGUCUCUGGCUCCACCACCAGCGCCUACGCGCUAAGGAGGCCAUGUCCGACAUCGCGAGCCGGGUCAUUUUCCGAUGGGAAGAGACGUCGUUGUCGUCGCGUGGUGGUAGUGCCGUAUCAGGGGGCAGGGCACUGAUCGCCGUGGCGUUUGACCAGCAGAACCACGGCACCAGGACGGCGUCCGCAACGGCGAGGGAUAGCUGGCGUGAGGGGAAUAAGACGCACGCGCUCGACAUGUGGGGGAUGGUUUCCGGUAUGGUGGCAGACACAAAGGGGCUCCUGGAUGUCGUGGAGGGGUACGUAAAGCUGGAGCUGGCCCAGAGGGACGUGAAGGCGACGGAGGGGUGGGAGAUUGACCAGCACCUUGUGCUUGGCGUGAGCUUGGGCGGGCAUAGCGCGUGGCAGACGAUGUUUAGGGAGGAGAGGGUGUCGGCUGGGGCUGUCAUUAUCGGGUGUCCUGAUUACAUGGCUCUCUUGUCGGACCGCGCGAGGUUAUCCAAGCUGGCGACCUUUUCCGGGCAGGACAACGGGGCCUCGUUCCUCGGGAGCCAGGACUUUCCGCCGGACCUUGUGGCGUCCUGUCUGCGUCACGACCCCAAGGGCAUUCUCUUUGGCAUUGACCCCGUCAGCAGCAAUAUCACCGACGACGCAGAGGAGCAGCAGCGUCUGCGCGGUGUACUGGACGGUCUGCGCCUGCACGGCAAAAAGUUUCUCGUCUGCUCUGGCGGCGAGGACAAGCUGGUUCCCUACGCCAUGUCAGCGCCGUUUGUGGAUUUCUUGACUGCGGCAACGGGGACGUGGUACGGCGGGGCCGGCGUCGAGGUCGAGAAUAAGGUAUACGAGGGCGUAGGGCACGCGUUCAGCGAGGGUAUGGUGGAGGAUUCGGUCCGGUUCUUGGUUGAUGCCGUUGCUGGGAAGGAUGCUGGCGGGGCGGCUGGGAGCAAGUCGAAGAUUUGA